ACAUUAAACAUGAUGACACUACACCACUAGUAGAGUGUAGAAUGUUGAGUAUAGUUUGAAAUUUGUAAUCCCAAAGUAUAAAUACAGAGCAAAAGUAUGAAUCCGCAAUGACUUCAACCUUCAUCAAAGGUUAAAUCCAAAGAAACACUCGUCAUAAAAAUAAUCUUCUUUAUCUAGAAUCUAGAUACCUCUUGAACAUUAUAAUUUGAUAUAGAACUUACAAGUAUCUCUCCUUUGUCCUCCCAAAUUUGUCCAUUUGUCAUCCUUUUCUUUCACUUGGAUGUUCUUUCCAUUGUUUUUCACAAAUCUUGUCAUCUUCUUCUGACACCCACCGCCUCUGUUUUUCCUUUCUUUACCCCACGUUCUUUUCUUCUUAUUAAAUUAUUAAUACCCAUCUUCUUAUUUUUCUGGGGAAGAACAAAGAUUCAAUCUUUUCUGCUAUUUUUCAAGUUAAAGAUUCAAUUUUUUCUAUUUUAAAGGUUUUUUAGGCCCUCUUUUUUUAAUUUUUGUUGGGUAAUUUCAGUAGUUAUGGCGGGAAAGGGAAAGGAUGAUACUCAAUUUUCAAUGGAAGAUGAAAAUGAUUUAGAAGAUCAUAAAGUUGAUGCUAAUGGGGUUCUCCUUAGUUGUAGUGGUGAUGAUAAUGAUGAUGAUGAUGAUGAUGAUGUUGAUCUUAUUGAUGACGACGAUGAAGAUAAAAAUGAAAUGUUUGUUUCUCAAAAUUGGCCUCAAAGUUUCAGAGAGACGACAGACUCUUAUACGCUUGCUGCAUCCCCGGGAUUUGGAUUGCUUGGUCGCACUCCAAGCAUGCUUAGCAUGCGCAGCAAAAGUAACUUAGAUGUUGAUGGAAAUAGAGCUCUUUUGCUUCCUGAGUAUGGGAGCAGGUACAAGAAAGAAGAAUAUGACAAGUUAUCUAAAGGGUCAUCAAGGAUAUCUAAUUUAAAAUCAUUGUACGAAGAUCUUGGCGGAGAACUACCACUUGGCCAACAAUGCACCUUUACUCAAACUGUAUUCAAUGGGUUAAACGUGAUGGCCGGAGUGGGGCUUUUAUCUACUCCAUAUACUAUAAAAGAAGCUGGCUGGCUGAGCCUCGUAUUCUUAUUCCUCUUUGCAAUAGUAUGUUGUUAUACGGCCUCUCUUAUGAGACAUUGCUUUGAAAGUAGAGCCGGGAUUAUAACUUACCCUGACAUUGGUGAAGCCGCAUUCGGGAAAUAUGGACGUUUAUUUCUAUCUAUUGCCUUGUAUGUGGAGCUAUAUUCAUAUUGUGUCGAAUUCAUUAUUUUGGAGGGAGACAAUCUUUCUCGGCUAUUUCCUGGGGCGGACUUACAUUGGGGUGGUUUUAACCUCGACUCUACACAUAUGUUUGCAUUGCUAACCGUCCUUAUUGUUCUACCAACAGUUUGGUUGAAGGAUCUACGAGUAAUUUCUUACCUUUCAGCUGGUGGAGUUAUUUCGACAGUGUUGAUUGUGUUUUGUAUUCUGCUUCUUGGAACGGUGGAUGGAAUUGGCUUUCAUCACACGGCAAAAGUUGUGAACUGGAAUGGAAUUCCAUUUGCUAUUGGCGUGUAUGGAUUCUGUUAUUCAGGUCAUGCAGUUUUCCCAAACAUCUAUCAGUCGAUGGCUAACAAGAAACAGUUUACGGCAGCGCUAAUGAUCAGUUUUUCUUUGUGUGUUCUGAUCUAUGGAAGUGUCGCUGUUAUGGGAUAUCUCAUGUUUGGACAAGGCACAUUAUCUCAAAUUACUCUAAACAUGCCAAAAGAUUCCGUUGCUUCUAAUGUCGCCCUCUGGACAACCGUGAUCAACCCAUUUACAAAAUAUGCGUUGCUGAUGAACCCACUAGCUCGAGGUUUAGAAGAGUUGUUGCCUCCCCAUAUCGCGAACAGCAACUGGUGUUUCUUCACCCUAAGGACCAUUCUUGUCGUUUCCACACUUUGUGUAGCUUUCCUUGUUCCCUUUUUCAGUCUUUUGAUGGCAUUGAUCGGUUCACUUUUGAGCAUACUUGUGGCUGUAAUCGUUCCAGCAGUGAGUUUUUUAAAAAUUGUGGAUAAGAAGGCAACAAGGAUGCAGGUGAUAGUUAGCUAUGCGAUUGUCGUGUUCGGUGUUAUCAGCGGAAUCAUGGGCACUUAUUCUUCGGUUAAAAGCAUUAUCGAGAGUUACUGAUAUAUUGAACUGGCGAAUUGAUUCAUACUAGCUGCUUAUGUAUUCAUUCAUGAACUCGAACGAUUUGUUCGAUUGAUCGUAUACUUAUUAGGGGUAGUUAGGUUGCGUAUUAUAAAUUGCUCCAUACCCUACGUUAUCGAACUACAAUCUAGAUGGCUGUUGAUGUUUAUUGUAAAAUCAUAUAUAGAAAAUAGUUCACAGUUGUUAUGACACAAAACUGGCUGCAUCUUUCCCUGGAACACAAGUUAAGAGUUUCCGGUAUUUUUUGUAUGCCUA